AUGAACAGUGGCAACGAAAGCGACGAAGAGCAGUUAAGUCUGUCCGAUGCAGCUCUUAUAGCUUUACAGCAGUUUGCCCUGGAGCAAGGCAUUGCUGUAGAUAAUGAGUCAUCAGACGUGCGUUUAGACAUUCAAAAAGCGCUGGAUAUUGAGCCCAAAGAGGAUUCGUUCGAAUUUAAGUUUGGCAAGAGCAAAACACGAGAGGAUGCCGAGAUUAUUAUUCGUCUGAAUGGACUACGUCGCGAUAUUGGUCAAACACUGCAGUCUACAGGACUCACAUUAUGGCGAGCUGGAGACUUUCUAAGUGACUACAUGUACCAAAAUCGCGACCAAUUUGCCGGCAAGUCAAUCAUCGAGUUAGGCAGUGGUCUUGGUCUAAUCGGUAUCUUAGCCUCGUAUCUCACGGAUAAAAAGGUAGUAAUCACAGAUGGUGAUGACAAGACCAUUGAGUUACUUCUUGCUAAUUGUAAACUCAAUGGGGUGGAAAAUCGCGUACAAUGCCGCAAAUUAUUGUGGGACGUAGACUUGGAACAGAUCAGUGACAAGUUUGAUAUUGUCGUGGGUGCCGAUAUUAUCUACGAACAGGAACAUGUCGUUUCAUUAUUCAAGACAGCAAACUAUUUGCUCAAACGAGGGCGUUGUAGUGAGAAUUUAGAAAGUAAAGUCACGUCGGAAUUCUUGUUGGCAUAUACAAAGCGCAAUGUCUCGAUUGACUACGUUUUAGAUGUUGCUCAAAGUUUUGAUUUUGAGUGGAACGAGCCCAUUGGUGAUGAAGGUGUUUACACAUUUCGACUUAAGUGA